AUGGCGGCUCUGAAGACUGCUGGUGAGAGGCUUACUUGCAGCGAGUGGAAUCCUGACCUAGACUCCCUUGACAGCGCCGACGAUGUAGCAACAAAGGUGCUACAUUCCGACGAUGACUGCUCUCUAAACCCCUGGACAUUUCGAAUGUUUUUUAUAGGGAUUGGGCUCGGAAUAUUCGGUGCCAUCAUGGAAACGAUAUAUUUCUUCCGCCCGGUUACUCUCGACGUAUCAAACAUCUUCCUGGCCUUGGCAGGCUACAUCCUGGGAAAGUUCUUUGAGUGGGUGAUUCCCAGAAAAGGCUUCCUGGGCCGCUGGCUGAACCCUCAUCCCUUCAACCUCAAGGAACACGCCGCCAUCGUCGUCCUGGCCUCGUCCGCCGCGCAGGCUGCCAUGGCGGUCGAAGUCAUUGCCGUGCAGAGACUGUUUUACGAUGCCGCUCCCAACGCUGCCGUCUCCAUCCUGCUUGUCGUCGCCUCGCAGCUGCUGGGCUACGGCUUUGCCGGACUCCUGCGCGAGGCCCUGGUGUAUCCGACAAAGAUGAUGUGGCCGGUUUUGCUUCCGAUGAACACGCUGCUGGAGACUCUCCAUCGUGACAAGAGCGAGACGAAAAAGCGGUUGCGGUUUUUCUGGCUGGUUCUUAUUGGCAUCUUCUUCUGGGAACUCCUUCCGGAAUACAUCAUGCCGAUUUUGACAGGAGUUAGCGUCUUUUGCCUAGCCAAGCGGGACAGUUUGGUAUUCACAAACGUCUUUGGCGGCUCGAAUGGCAACGAAGGUCUCGGAGUCCUAUCCGUCGGACUAGACUGGCAGUUCAUUACGAGUAAACCUUUGUGGACGCCUCUCGUGACGCUGGGAAACAGCUUCGUUGGAUAUAUCAUCUGCAUCUGUCUUUUUCUCGGCGUCUACUAUGGCAAUCUAUGGGAAGCGCAGAACUUUCCAUUCCUGUCGCAACUGCUCUUCUCCAAGGACUCGAACCCAACAGAGUACGUCACGUAUAACCAAUCCAAUAUUCUCAAUGACAAGAACAUUCUUCUACCAUCAGCGCUUGAAGAGCAUGGAAUACCAUAUUUUGCAGGCACCUACGCAAUAUCUCUCUUCACCACGAAUAUGGCGGUUACAGCUACCAUAGCUCACCUCCUGCUGUGGAAUUGGGAGGAUAUGAAGAAAGGCUACACAUUUCUAUCACUCAGUUCUCUCCGACGUCUUUGCUCUCCAAGGUCUUGGAGAUUGGCGAGUGAUGAAAGAAGAGAUGCCGACACUGAGAAGGAUCCCCAUUACCGCAAGAUGCUUGCGUACCCAGAAUGUCCCAGCUGGUGGUACAUGCUCAUCCUUGUCGUGUCGAUAGCGAUGGGCCUUGUUGGCAUCUACGUAGCGCAGUCCACGUUGCCAUGGUACGGGUUUCUGACAAGCAUUGUCGUGGCCGGCAUCUUCAUCCUCUUCUUCGGGGCCCAGGCUGCGCUCACGGGAUUUCAGGGAAACGUCCAGCCCAUUGUGCAGAUGGUCGGGGGCUAUCUCCACCCCGGUCGCCCACUGGCAAACAUGUACUUUACUCUAUUUGGCUACAAUUCUGUUAUUCAAGGACUCAGCAUGGUGCAGGACUUGAAGUUUGGACAAUACGCCAAGCUGCCGCCGAGAGCGACGUUCACGGCACAACUUGCUGGGACCCUGAUUGGAGGGGUGAUAAACUACGUCGUCAUGGUUCAGAUCACCAGCAACCAGAGGGAUAUUCUACUGUCCAUCCAAGGUACGAAUGUUUGGUCGGGCCAAAAUAUUCAGCAAUUCAACUCUCAGGCUAUAGCAUGGGGAGCUUUGGCAAAGGAAAUGUUUUCGCUAGGCUCUCGGUACGAGCUCAUCCCGAUUGGACUGCUGGUUGGGUUCGUACCACCGAUCCUGUUCUAUCUGUUACACCGACUAUGCCCGACCAUCAACCUCUCCAAAGUCAAUACGCCCAUAAUUAUCGCAUACGCGGGGAUCCUCAGCGUCGGCAUCUCGUCGUCGAUGCUUAGCUACUUUGCCAUUGGCCUGAUAAGUCAGUUCUACCUACGCCGGUGGAAACCAGGCUGGUUCGCGAAAUACAACUAUGUCCUGGCCGCAGCCCUCGACGGCGGCACGCAGCUCCUGGUUUUGAUCCUCACCUAUGCGGUCCUAGGUGGCGCAGGCCAGGAGAUCAAGUUUCCAAAGUAUUGGGGAAACAACGUGGACGGAAACUUUGACUACUGUAUGAGGAAUCCUGCUGCGAGCUCUGUGAAUAUUGGGCCAGUGGAUUUGGAUGGGUAA